AUGAGGUUUCUCGGGCUUCUGUCAGGAUUCGUUGUCGUGGCCACGGCCCUUCCAGAGAGGCAAUUAGACCUGCAGUCGAGCCUGCUCACCGACCCAACAAAGGUUGCCGGUACAACCUUUGACUAUGUCAUUGCUGGUGGAGGUUUGACUGGCCUGACUGUCGCAGCACGUCUCACGGAGAACCCCAACAUCACAGUCCUCGUCAUCGAGAGAGGCUUCUACGAAUCGAACAUCGGUCCUAUCAUUGAAGAUCUCAACCACUAUGGUGAUAUCUUUGGUACCUCCGUCGAUCAAGCCUUCGAAACGAUUCCACUUGCCAUUCACAACCGCACGGAGAUUAUUCGAUCAGGCAAAGGACUGGGAGGGUCAACCUUGGUCAAUGGAGGUUCCUGGACACGUCCACACAAGGCACAGGUUGAUUCCUGGGAAGGUGUGUUUGGAAUGGAAGGAUGGAACUGGGACAGUCUGCUCCCCUACAUGAAGAAAAUUGAGGCCGCUCGUCCACCGAAUGCCGAGCAGAUUGCUGCUGGGCAUAACUUUGAUCCUUCCUGCCAUGGCACGGACGGAACCGUCCAUGUCGGCCCCCGAGACACCGGAGAGAACUUCUCACCCAUGAUCAAAAGUCUUAUGAAUACUGUGGAAAAGUCCGGUGUUCCCGUUCAAAAGGAUCUGGGCUGCGGCGUCCCUCACGGUAUAUCGAUGUUCCCCAACGAUUUACACGAAGAUCAAACUCGAUCCGACGCCGCCCGCGAGUGGCUUCUUCCUAACUACCAGCGAUCCAAUCUGAAGGUCUUGACUGGUCAAAUGGUUGGGAAGGUUUUAUUCGACACCACAACCUCCACCCCGAAAGCUGUUGGUGUCAACUUCGGCACCCAUGAAAAAGUCAAUUUUGAUGUCCAUGCUCGUCGUGAGGUACUUCUAGCGGCUGGAUCCGCUGUCUCUCCACAGAUUCUUGAGCAUUCUGGUAUUGGCUUGAAGGAUGUUCUCGACAACGUCGGCGUUGAACAGCUCGUUGAUCUGCCCGUCGGUCUUAAUCUCCAAGAUCAAACUACCACGACAGUUCACUCUAACAUCAACUCCCUUGGUGCGGGCCAGGGCCAGGCUGCCUAUUUUGCCACCUUCAAUGAAACCUUCGGAGACCAGGCACCUCGCGCUCACGACCUCCUAAACACCAAACUUGAAGAGUGGGCCACAGACGUUGUCUCCCGUGGUGGCUUCCACAACGCAACCGCGCUCCUGGUACAAUACGAGAAUUACCGCGACUGGCUGGUUAAUGAAGACAUUUCUUUCGCUGAAAUUUUCAUUGAUACCGCUGGCAAGCUGAGCAUGGAUCUGUGGGACCUGAUUCCUUUCACCCGUGGAUACGUGCACAUCCUAGAUAGUGACCCCUAUCUCGGUCGCUUUGCAUAUGACCCUCAAUUUUUCCUAAAUGAGCUUGAUCUGCUCGGUCAGGCGGCAGCCUCCAAGUUGGCUCGUGAGAUUUCUAACACUGGCGAAAUGACGAAGUAUUUCAACGGCGAGGCCCUUCCCGGAAAUAACCUGGCAUACAACGCCACUCUUGAUCAGUGGGUGGACUAUGUCAAGCAGAAUUUCCGUCCCAACUAUCACGGGGUUGGCACUUGUUCCAUGAUGGCGAAAGCACUUGGCGGCGUCGUGGACGCCGCUGCUCGUGUCUAUGACGUUGAAGGUCUGCGUGUAAUUGACGGCUCAAUUCCUCCAACUCAGGUGUCCUCUCAUGUGAUGACCGUUUUUUACGGAAUGGCUCAGAAGAUCUCGGAAGCUAUUCUUGCCGACUAUCACGCUACCCUGAAUUGA